GGACUAUCACCUGAAAUGCAGAAACACCCUCGCCAGCAGAUAACGCUCUUCCCGUACUCUCCAACGAAUGGAUUAAUCUCUGCAAGCGUAGCUUCACAGCGCUGUCUCCCUCUCAGACGAAGGAAGCUCAUCGAAGCAGCAAUGGCGGCAGUCUCCGCAUUCACUUUUGUCGCUGCUCCUCCCCGCUCAGCUCCCGCCCCUUCCCUCGUGAGCUUCUUCCCUCCCCAGAAUCCUCAGUUCCGGGUCCUCAGGAGCGCCGACCGUUUCGAGCAUUUGGCGCUGAGAGGGAGGUGCAGUCAGGGGAGGAGGAGAAUGAGGAGGGUGGCGUCGGCCGAGGAAGAACCCGCAGAAGUCGCGGAAGAGCAGCCCGUCGUCUCUGUUCCCGUCUCCCCUUCCGACACCCUUACCAUGUUCUUUCAAGCAGAGGGUUCAAUGAAUGAAAGUGGUAUUCCUACAGUGUCAAAGGCAUUAGAGGGAACCGAGGGCAUUAGCGACUUGAAGGUCCAAGUUGUUGAAGGCAUAGCUAGUGUCGAGCUAAGAAAGGAGACAACUAUACAAGCAACAGGGGUGGCUUCCAGUUUGAUUGAGGCCAUACAGGGCGCGGGCUUCAAGUUACAAACAUUGAAUUUGAGCUUCGCGGAUGAAGAAGAGAUCCUCGUUUAAAGCUUAUCUUCCAACUCUAAAACGUUAGACAAGGCACUUGUAUGUAAUGUGCAUAGCCUGGCCUACGUGGUUCUGCAGAUAUACCAGAGGCAAAACGGGAUCCGAAGGUUCGUGAAUUGUUGAGGAGCCUGUGUCUGUGUCGAGAGUGGAUGUUUGACGGGAAUCAAGUGUUGUUGCUAGUUAGCUGAUUCUUGAUCUUUUCUGUCAACUGAGGGCUUGGGUCAGUUUCAUGUCAUCUUGACUGGGGCUUAAGAUUGUAUGCUAUUCGGAUUCGUGACCCUGAAAAUAAACUCUUCAGGUACUGAAAGACCCGAAACAUAAAAUCAAGGGCUCAUGGCAUCUGCAAUUUAGCUGUU